UAAAUCCCCAUGCUCACAUUAAACACGACUGAGUCUCUUAACUAGUACAAGACAUCGGCUUCAUCUACAGUUGACAGAUACACUCCCCUCUCAACUUAGCGAGGAUGUAGAAAAAUAGACUUCACAUGAAGAGGAUGGGGUUUCAAAGUCUUAUAAAAUUCCCAAGCAGUUAAACUAAUAAAUAAAGAAAUACUUUCAAAUUAUGCAUUCCAGUAAGUGAUAGAUCUCAGCUGUGACAUACACAUAUCCUUGCCGAGUCAUCAAGAAGCUUUAAAAGGCAGAGGGGAGAGACCGCGCUGUGGCACUGGAACCUCACUGCUGCUGAAGUCAUCAGUCUUCUUUAACCUGUGUAAGGGUCUCUACUUCUGAAGCCAGCGCUUUCCCUGAAAGAAAGGCUCAAUGGAGGUGGCAUGCUACAUAUAUUUAUUCAUCGGUCUUCAAGCUGCAUUUUAUGUUCUUGGCUGCCCAGAUGUGUGUAAGUGUUCAAAUCAGUGUGUCACAUGUGAAGGAAAGGCAGUGACGCAGGUUCCUUCAACAUUGCCCUUCGAUACACUUCGACUUGAUCUAAUCGGCACCCAAAUCCCAUCUCUGGAAGCGAGCAUGUUUGAGGACCCUCCUCCAGCUCUUAUUGCACUUAAUGUAAACGGAAAUGAAUUCUCUCACAUCUCACCUGGUGCCUUCGACCGUCUAACUAACCUUCAGUAUCUUAUAUUAAGUUCAAAUCAACUGCAAGAGAUACCUGCUGGGCUGUUAAAUAAGCUUGUGAAUCUUGAGAGACUAAUGCUUUCCAACAAUAAACUGCAGAAAAUUGACUCUGGCCUGUUUGCCACACUCUCUAAACUGAGAGACCUCCAACUCCAAGAAAAUAAACUUAGUGCCAUACCAGAAGGAGCUUUCCACCACCUGGUCAGUCUCCAGAUGCUCCACCUUGGCAGAAACAACAUUACCCACCUUCCAGCCAACAUUUUCAAAACACUGACCAAGCUUAAAACCCUAAAACUUCUAAAUACCCAACUGAGGCAAAUUCCAGCGGGAAGCUUUGAUAACUUAAACCUGGUAGAACUUUAUUUACAAGAUAACCAUAUAGAACAUCUGCACAGUGGUCUGUUUUCCAAGCAGCUGAACUUGAAGAAACUGUACCUAUCUAAUAAUCAAAUAUCUGUGCUGCCUGAAGGAAUCUUCCUUAAUUUGCCUAAUCUCACCAAAUUUACCCUUUUCGAAAAUCAAUUGACAGAUCUCCCCAGUGGCGUAUUUGGUCCCAUGCCCCACCUCAGGGAUCUUUGGCUAUAUGACAACAAAUUAGUUCGUAUUUCAGACAACGUGUUUAGCAACUUAACCAAUUUGGAACUACUGAUCUUGAGCAGAAACCACAUCAGCAGCAUCUCCAAAGACGCAUUCAGCGGAUUGACCAAACUUGCUGAAGUGUCUCUGCACACUAACAAGCUGACCAGCUUGGAUGAAGGCACAUUCCGAGGCAUGGACAAGCUCCAGAACAUCUCUCUCCAAAACAAUCACUUGCGGUCAUUGCCACGAAACCUAUUCAGAAACCUUUCUAAAUUAACGGAGGUCCAGCUUCAAAAUAAUUCCAUUGAGAGCCUUCCACAGGAGCUGCUGGACUCCUUUGAGCCACUGGCCAAAGUGAAUCUCUGCGAUAACCCCUGGAAGUGUGAUGAGAAUAUUGUUCCUCUCAGAAACUGGAUGAUAUCGCACCAGUCCAAGGUAAUCAAUAUCAGCCAAGUUACAUGCUAUAGCCCUCAUUCCCUGAGGGGUAUUCUUAUUACAAGUUUAACAGAUGACCAGUUGAAGACAAGCCAGGAAGAACAUAUCACUAACACAGAAGGGACUACAAUCCAAGAUACCACUAGAGACACGAGUCGCAGUGUGACAUGCACCUCUUUCCACCCACAGAAAACCAAUUCCUUUCCCACUUUUAAAACCUACCCCUCUCCCUCACUGAAAACUACACCCACCACCUCAAACAGAGGUGAAGACACAAAGGAUGAACAUGGGCAGAAUAAGAGCCUCAAGAAAGAGGUUCUGAUCACAAUCAUUGUGCUGGUCUGUACCGUUAUCAUCUCUGCUGUGAUCAUCUACAUAGCAUGCCGGAGUAACAAAAGACGCUCUAGUGCCGAAUUAACACAGGUGACCAAAAGGAAUGCAGUCAUUUAAUAUAUAUAUAUAUAUA